AUGUCUACUGCCGAAACGAAGGAGAAGGGAGCUGAUGUGACGCCUGAGAAUGGCGAGACGUCGCCUGCCUCUAGUAGUAUUGCUGAAUUUGCGGGUGUUAAUGAGAAAAAGCUGCUUCGAAAGCUGGAUCUUCAUUUGCUUCCACCCAUGACGCUUCUAUAUCUUUUGUCAUUUCUGGACCGCAGCAAUGUGGGCAAUGCCCGCUUGGAAGGAAUGACGACCGAUAUCAAAAUGACUGGUGAUCAGUACUUGACCGGCCUUACCUUAUACUUUAUCGGAUAUGUCCUGUUUGAAGUGCCCGCAAAUACGGUCUUGAAGUUGACUAGACCGAGCAUCUGGCUACCGACUCUCACGCUGAUAUGGGGGGUGGUUGCAACUCUCUUGGGCGUGGUCCAGAAUUAUCCUGGGUUCCUCGCCUCUCGGUUCUUUCUCGGUGUCGCCGAGAGCGGCCUUUUCCCAGGUGUCGUCUUUUAUCUUUCCAUGUGGUAUAAGCGCAAUGAGCAGCAUUACCGGGUUGCUCUGUUCUUCUCUGCGGCCUCAUUGGCGGGUGCCUUUGGUGGUAUACUUGCAUGGGGUAUCGCGCACAUGAAUGGUGUCGGUGGAUACAGUGGAUGGCGCUGGAUCUUUAUCUUGGAAGGACUUUUGACCAUUGUUGUAUCGGUCAUUGCAUACUUCUGGGUCCACAAUUAUCCGACAACGGCCAAGUUCCUGACGAACGAGGAGCGAGAAUACAUACAGUUCCGCUUAAAGAAUGACAAUGACUCGACUCGUGAUGAGACCUUUUCCUGGUCCGCAGUCCUCGAUGCGUUCAAAGACCCGAAGGUGUGGCUGUAUGGUCUCGGCUUCCACUCAUUGAGCCUGCCACUCUACACUCUUUCUUUGUUCCUGCCGACCAUUAUCAAAGAGCUUGGUUAUAGUGCGGCACAAGCUCAGCUGCUGACGGUACCACCUUACGCCAUCGCCACUAUGAUGACUGUUGGCGUCGCCGUUCUCUCCGAGAAAACCCGACGACGAGCCCCCUUCAUCAUGGGCUCCUCUUCUCUAGCUUGUAUUGGUUACAUUAUUCUACUCUCGCAACACCGAGCAGGAGUAAGCUAUGUGGGCACAAUCUUCGCCGCGGCGGGAAUCUAUCCUGCCGUUGCAAUCGUGCUAUCAUGGCCAGCGAACAAUGUUUCCGGACAGACUAAACGUUGUAUCGCCAACGCCCUUCAAAUUUCCAUUGGCAAUCUCGGGGCAGUGCUUGGAACACAGUUGUAUCGGACGGAGACAAGCCCCCGGUUCUUCUUGGGACAUGGUUUUGCUCUCGGAUACCUAGUGGCUAAUAUCAUCGUCGUUGCGGUGACCUGGUGGGUUCUUAAACGGGCGAAUGCUAAGAAAGCUGUGGAAAGAGAGCAGAAAGGCCUUCGUCCGUUGAUGGGCGAUGUUGGGGAUGCGGAAGGAGAGUUCCUUGGUGACCGCGACCCUCGCUGGGUGUUCCAGACCUGA